UUGAGAAUCAUUGCGAAGCUUUUGUCUGCGACUGCGUUGUUGAAAUCGUGAUUUUUUGCAUUAAGAAACGCAGCGAGAUAAUUAGUGCAAUCGUUUUUACUUACAAAUUAUAAAUAAUCCAUAGAAAUGGCAGACAAAAAAGUGACGCCUCCUCUCGGCGCGUACCCUCAGCCGCAGCCGCCGCAAGGCCCGUUCUUGCCGGCGCCGCCUCACCAAGCCGCACCGCAAUACGGAGUAGCGGGCGGGUCUCCCUACGGGGUGACGUUCGGGGGCGCUGGCGCGGGCGCGGGGGGCGUGUACGCGCCCCCGCCCUACGAUCAGCUGCAGCACCACCAGGCGAUACCGGCGCUUAGUCAACAGCUACCUAUGUACAGCCCAGCGGCGGCGAUGUACGCGGCGGCGGCCGGCUACCCAGGCUACAUCGGGUACCCGGUGCAGUACUACCCGUACUACCCCACUGUGCAGCCCUCCAUACAGCCGCUAAGGCCCACCAUUAUGAUACCUCAGAACGGUUUCGAGGCUGGCUCCCGGUUCGAGGGGCUUGCGCAGACGCUGCUGCCCCCCGCGCCCCCUGGUGUGCCGCCGUCCCCCGCGCACCUCGCCCAUCUCCAGCCGCACCAAGUUUUGUGGCGUUAAACCAACGGGUCUAUUCGCAACCGACGGCCGCCAUUCAGUAAGUCGCAGACAGACUUCUAUCUAUAAGGAAUCUGUAUUAGCACUCGAUAUUAAAUCAACUAUUUAUUUUACAUUAUAUUCUCCUUGACUGAUCAAAAGUGUAAAUUUCUGAAACUAUUUCUUACUCAAUGUUGAUUGAUUUUGAGGUAAAUAUCGUAUUUUAUCUGUUUAAAAAUAAUUGAUAAUUUAGUCGGCUCGGCAGACUAGUUUCAGUUAAUAAGGAUGCAUUCAAUAUAAAAUUUCUUCUCAAUGCAAUCAAUUUUGUCUGAUAAUGUUACACAGUUUUAGGUGUGAGUGUUGUGAUCAAAUUUAUAUUAGUCGGCCGUGAUGACUAUAGAUAAUUCCAAAGGACUUCUGUCCCUGUUACUACACAAAUUAAUAUGAAGCUUAUUGUAGCAAACUAACAGAUUGUAAGUAUGUCGCAAAAAAUCUUUUAAUAAGUGAAGUUAGUCCGUCAAGUAAGCAUAUAAAACUAUGUAUUUCGAAUGAUACACCAUAUCAAGAUUAUUUUUCUGAUAUUUCGGUGAGAAAAACGAUUAUUUGUAACAAAAAACUUAUUUUAUUAAUAAGCGUUACUGUUAUAGUUUUCGUCAAACUUAAAAUUUAAAAAAUAAUCUAAAUAUCUAGAUUACGUAAGCCAUAAAGCUCUCGAAUAUGAACAAAGACAGUAACACAGUAAUAUACUUGAAAAUAUACAAUUAUCUUCAAGUAUUAUCUUGAUUCAUUAAUAUAUGCAACCUAUAUCUUAAAAUUUUGAACAUAUAGGGGCCAUAGAAUUCAUUUGAUUACUACGAACACCGAAAUCAUUAUAAAAAAUCAAGAAUUCGUAAAAGAAAGUCUUAAAAUAUAAUUUAUUAUAAUGAUUUAUCCCUCGAAUCACACUUCAAUGUGUAUUACUUGUUGGUACUGUGUUAAUUUAGGAUACAAAAUAAUAAGAAGGUCGGUCCGUCGGUAUUUUUAUCUUAGUCCGAUUUGAAAAUGACUGUGAUGUCUUGUGGGAUUUGGUCUUACGGCAUAUGGAUUUAUUCACUCGUUAUUUGUUUACAUAGUUCUUAUAAGGCUGAUGUAACUUAAAGAACAGUAAAUGGCCAGCCAUUCUUAGUUUUAAAAACAAAUUGAAACCCCCAAACGAGGUAUCAAAUAUUAUAAAGCUUUAAAUAUGUUAACAAACACAAACAGCAAAAAAAAAAAUGAAAUGCGUAAACAAAGUUGAGAACGAAGUUGAUUUAAUAAUUACCACUACUUUACCACGAAUAUGAUUCAUUUAUAUCAAUAUGUCUGAUUAAAAAAAUGUAACGUCCAAUGUCGGAUUUGAUCAAAUCUCACGCAGCGCUGAAACCCAGUGCUUGCUAUUGGUUUAAAUAUUCCCUAAAAAUAUUUGUGUCAAAUAGUUCCUAAACCGUGGACAAAUAUUAAUUACAACUUGUAAUUUGUUUACAAGUGAAAAAUAUAACUUUAUUGUGGCGAUUUUUUUCUAUAUGUAUUAUUACGCUCAAAAUUGUUUAACUACUGGUUAUUUAUCGCAGUUUAUUCAAUAGUUGAUGGUAAGCAAGCACUGGUGGUCACUGCACGGUACGUCGCCGCGAGCGGUCGCCUCAACGCUAUAGUAUUAUAGAGGGUGUGUACGAUUAGAGUUUAAAAACGCUAUGCUGAGCUGUACUGAGAAACUUUGAUAGAAGUGGCUGGGAUUCUGUUAAUCCGGACUUGAGUUUAUAUUGGGCAUAUAACCUUGCUAGUUUAAGAGCUUUUCAAUAGCAAUUUAAUUUUAUUUUUAUAAAACAUUAAAAACCUUGCUUAUGCAUUUGGCAUUUAAAACUCAUGCUAUGUUUUCUUUUUCAAUAUUUAUCACUUCUAACGUUAUUGCCACUUGUCCCAUGGGACUACUGGGACGAUAUCCCAUUAUGGGACAAACUCAAUGGGAUUCGUGUGAUAGACGGGUUAUUUCAAGUAGAAACUACAAAAUAAAGUUAGGAAAGAAUUCGAUUUUUAAAUUGAAAACGUUUUAUUGCCCUUAAAAUUAAAUUAUUAUAAAUAUAGAGCCAGUUUCUUAAGAAGUAAAAGCAGACAUGAAGGAAAAAAAUAUUUAAAAGCAAAAAAAAGUACGGCUGGUAGAGACAGCGCAGCAUAGCGAAUAGUAAUUAAAAAUAUAUAAAGGUUGUGCGAGUGCAUGUCGCGAGUAUAUGUAUAUUAGGGAUGAAUGUGCUAAAGAAGGUUACCGUAACCAAGGAUGAAGAUUUAAAGAUAAAAGUCGUUAUUUCAACAAUGAAAUUACUUUUUACAACAUAUCUCAAUGAAUUUUUCAACUCUAUAUAAGAAUAUUAACAAAAAUAUAAUGUCAUCAUUGGUUACCGAAACUCGGGCAUAUACGUUAAAUACGGUGUUGCCUUUUCAAAAUUAGUCAGAAAUAACGAAGUUCCAAAAAAGAAGAAGAAUUAUAGCAACAAAAGUUGCGAUGAACUCGGCCAUACGAGAAUCGUUUUUUUUUACAAUUAGAAUGGAAUGGAAGAUAUAAUUUUCAUGAAAUGUGAGAGACAACUUUAUCGAGGAAUCUCAGCUGAUCGAUUCAGCAACAUGCCUUUUAUUUAUUUUUUUAGAUCGUGAUUUAUAGAUUUUUUUGCUUUUAGGGGACUUUCUUUUUAAAGCGACGAAUGAAAUUUCCCUUUGUUUGUGAUUUAUUUUCAUUAAUUUAAAAAUGUUCUCAUAGAAAUUUAUUUUUAGUCAGUGUUGCCGACCAAAUGAAAUACUAGUCGGCCGUGCCAACUUCUGUCUCAUCGUAAGAAGAUGUAAUAGACAUAGAAGACGUUUAUUUGUAUUACCACAGACACUAAAAACUAUAACACUAAAAAAAAAUAAGUUGAAUCAUACGAAUUAAUUUUUAUUAUACUAUAGAAAAUAUAUAUCUUUUAUUUUUAUAAUAAAUAAUAAAAUAUCUUAUAUAAAUAUCGUCUGUGAUCUGAAAAAGCAUAAUUGUAAAAAAUGUUUUUUUGAACAAAAUGUUACAUUAAAAUCUUUUUUGACAAUUGUAAAUUAAAAUCUCAAAGAAAGUCCCCUAAUAAAAGUAAUUUUUUUUUGCAAAAUAGUUAAAUCAGAUCGCAGUGACAUGUUACUUUCUUAAUUAUAAGAAGCAUUAAAUAUUUUUCAAACGACAAAAUACUUUAUCAUAUAAAACUCCAUAUAUUAUAACAAAUUGAGAUAUAAUGAAUAGCUACUAGUGGCCCGUCCCGGCUUCGCUCGCGUAAAAUCAUAAUAAAUUAUACGCCUAACCUUAAUCAGGAAUCACUCUGUCUAUUAAAAAGAUCUGCAACAAAAUCCGUUGCGUAGUUUUCAAGAUCUAAGCAUACAUAGAGACAGACAGCGGGAAGCUACUUUUAUUUAUACCUAGUAAUGAGGUCUGUAUUAAAAUAUUUACCUAUACACCAUAAAUUUUUAAUUAUGCCAAAAAAAAAAUUAAAGACCCUAUUAAUACAUGUGAGUGAUCAAAAUUUAAUAUUAUCGUUUAUCACCAAAGUUAUUGAGGUUUGCGUUUAUUGCAAAAUAUCAAUGAAUUUAUGGACGUAGUUUGAAACUCUAAUGAUUCCAAUUUAUAGUUUAUCGUGUUCUCUCGCUCUCGCGUGCAAUGACCCCGGCGUAGGCAAAAAAUAAAUAAAUAAAAAAGAAUUGGCAGAAUUUAUCAAUGAAAAUCGACUUUGUGUGAACCGCUGCGCUGAGCCUAGCUUUACUAUGAAGCGUAGUGUCAGGUGGCGCACUCAAGUAUUAUAACCAAUUAUUAUAGAUUUUUUUGGAUAAAUUUUGACUAUGCACAUAUUAUCAGUAAUAGGUCCUGAUAGCAACAUUUUUAUUUUUUGGCAUAAUCAAAAACGUAUGCUGUACAACUCAUUGUACUUCAAUUUGCAAAUUAAGACUUAUAAUAAGCGAAUAUUUAUGUUAAUAAAAAACUAGUAUAGCGGCACCGCUGCCGGAUCUGUUCGCCUGAUGGGCUAAUGUAUUGUAGUGUUCUACACUGUGAGUUUGGAUCGUUUUCGAAAAUAUGUCACUCUCUCUCUCUCUCUCUCUCUCUCUCUCUCUCUCUCUCUCUCUCUCUCUCUCUCUCUCUCUCUCUCUCUCUCUCUCUCUCUCUCUCUCUCUCUCUCUCUCUCUCUCUCUCUCUCGCUCGAGAAACUCACCCUAAUGAAUAUUGUUUAUUGAAUUGUACCAUACACAGUAAUAAAUUUUAUUAUCCUAUUUUAUAAAUAAGUACCGGUACAAUGUUAGUUUUAUAAAUGUUUAAUUUUAAAAAAAAUGUCUGACACUAAAUGUAACGCUGCACGCCGCGUUCGAACGCUCGUGAAAUUCACCCUCCGUUUUUAUCUUACGAGUCUUAUGUAAAUGUGUUAAACAUUAUUUUCAUGAUUUCAUAGCAAUGUAAAUUGUAUUGCGAAAUUAUUUUCGCGGUUAAUAAAUGUUUUACUUUAACAAUGUAUGGGUUUGAACUAUAUAUUUGAUUUAUUUUCAACAAAAUUCAGCAAUUCUGUACUGUGAUGAUUGUUUACAUGUUAGGACUCGUGAGGAAAAACAGCGUGUAGCCUUGUUUCUUCUGUUGCUGCGGCUGUGAUGCCCAAGACCUGGGUCUUAUAAAAUUGACAUUUGAGCCUGUCCACUUGACGUCAAACCUCAUUGGGAAUACUGUUGAAGAUCGGCUGUCAAAGCUUCUUAUCCCCUAGUCGCCUCAUACGAUAUCCACGCGAGUAUAUGUCCAGGCAAUUAUGAGCAAUAACAAAAUGCAAUUUUUACGGCCGGUUUCACCAUUCCGAAAAAACAUUAUGUAAUCUGUCAGAUAAAAUAACUGCCAGCCUGAAUCUGUUCGAUAUGUUGUCAGGCUACGAGAUACUUUAUCAACAAGCGCUGAAACAUGAAACGGUCGUGAGUGACAUAUUUUUCGAAAAAUAAAGGAUUUUGGAACAAAAAUGUGUGGAACCCUUAUGAGCGUAUCAAAACUCAUUAUAUUAGUCGAUUUUGAUAUUAUCAUUUUGACUACAGUCUAUUUCUAAACCGAAUGAAAAAACGGUCGAUGACCCCGAAUCGCUUUCCCUCUUUCGCUCGUACGAAAGUCGCUAAGGUAAAAUCAAAAUCGCCUAUGUUUUGUACUAGUGUAUAACUGAAACGUUUUUAUUAUUAUUAUUAUUGCAUUUUUGUUGGAAGAUCAUGUUGUUGAGGGUUGAAAAUGAAUGAUAAAGCGAAUAAUAUUCAUGCGUGUGACUGUAGUUUGAAAUUAAACUAUUAUGAGUGACCAAUGACGUCCAACUUCGUCAAGUCGCACUUGUUGACAAAAUUUUUACUAUUGAGAUUUACAAUGUUUUAAAAUAAGUUCUGGCUAAACUCUGUUUCAAGCGAAACCAAGCCUUAUUGCUAUCGCAUACAACUGUAUAAAUCAUUUAAGAUCAAUGUACUCUUUUCUCAUGUACCACAAAAACAGACUGUUAGUAAGAAUUUAAAACAUGUUGGAACUUGAGGCAAGAGCGCAUGCUUUUGUCAACGUUGUUUUUUUAAUUUUAUGGCUCCACAGUUUAGCCUAAUGAUAAUUUUGCCUAAACUAUAGUCACAUGCAUCUCGUAUCAUCCCACUAGUUGAAGGGACCAUAGAACGAAGGGCUAAAGGUAUUGAAUUCGCCGCUAGGGGCGCUGGUGUCGACAAAGGUCCAAAGACAGAUUUGAUGUUUAUAUGUCAAUGAGUGCACGUGCUUUUUUAAAUGACAGUCAUAAUGACAGGACCUAAUUCGAUCAGUGGCGCCAUCUAGCGAAUAAUCCAUUAUAAUUUGACGAAUCUUGCCAAAAGUAUUAAUGAAAAAAACUACGUCUAGGUUGGAAUGUCGCACACCACAAUCACGUGUUUAGCCACGGUCUACGACGAAGGUUUUUUUGAAAACAUUCAACAAACACAUACACAAAACAUUGUUUCUGAAGGUAAAGUGCUGUAAAGUUUCUCUAGCAAAACAAAUGGCAUAAUGAUGAAGUAACUUGGUUGGCCCGCACGCCCCAUUUGGUGUUUGUAUUUUCCACCAGGCAUGGGAAGCAAAUACAUUGUUGAUGCAAGCAAAAAAAAAUGUGUAAUGAAUCAACAUUUUAUUUGUAGACGAUUUUGUUGAAUGUUGACAUGUUUUUGUUGACUGUGGAGGGCGAUAACACGCGUUUGAAUGUUAUAGUUGCGCCAUCUCAACUAGAUUAGCUACAACGUUCAUUUUGUUAGUAACAAGUAAUAAUAAUUAUAUUUUGUCUUUUUCUAAUGGAACCACAUACAUAAAUUGUUAACUUUAUUAUUGUAUGGCCUAUUUUGUUUACUUUGUAUAUAUAGAUGUGGAAUUUUAUUCAUAAAAAGUGUAGCUUCAAGUUGAAAAAUGUUUUCGUCUCAACAAACUAACUGUUUUUUAUUUUUGGUUCUAUAGAAACAACAGUACAGAAAUUGUUAUUAUACAUAAUAUUAACGUUAAAAACUGGGGUUAAUUAAAUAUACCUUGAUUAGAAAAAUAAAAUAUUUUGCUGUCUACUUUAAUACUAAUACAUAAGUACAUAUAUUCAAAUAGUCUUAUUCAUAAAAGGUUUAAAACCCGUAUUAUGUAAAAUAUGUUUUUCAACACCCUUGCUUGAAAUAAUGGUAUGUUUUAAUCGAAGUUUUAUAAUAAUUACAUACUCGGCUUUACUACAGCGCUCUGCUUCGCAUCGCGCGAAAAUCUCGUCCCGUGUGUGCCAAUAUUUGCACGCUUGUAUCAUAAUUGUCACCUGUUAUGAUCAAUCAAACAAACGGAGACAAAAUUUUAGAUAAAUGAUAUUUUACAAAAAUAAAUUAGGAGUGAGUUGCACCAGAUAACUUUAACCUGCGCGCUGCCGACGUUUAGACACAAUGGCGUAUUUUGCACUUUUCUGCACAGGUUAAUGUAAACGUCAAAGUUUGGUGCAACCCACUCUAGGUUUUCAUAUAGGUAGUAAAUUUUGUUUAUGAAUAAGACAGUUAAAGAUUGGAAGGUAUUUCAUUAUUCUGGUCUGUGGCAAUGCCGUUAUAGAAGUCCACAUGUCAACAACCCUAGUUUUUAGAGUUCGUGCCGAGAAGUCCCGGGCAAUAUGUGUUCACUAUCGGACCAGCCACGUUGUCGACAGCGACUGCAGCGCCACGCACAGAGACUUUCGAGGCGAGAACUCUAGCCUUAUGUAUAGUUAUAUUAUUGUUCUGUCAUAAUAUUGAUAUAUGCCGCGUAAUAAUAUUUAAAAAAUACAAAAUUGGCACGAAAUAUUAAACUAAACAAUUAUAAAAGUCAUCCCGAAUAGUACCCGGUGCAGAAGAGCCCUUUACGCUCGACUUUAUUUGAACCAGAAGGUCUACCACGAAACAUACAAAUACAUGGCAUGUUACAUCCUCAUGUUGUCUUUUUCCCAAAUCGUAUAUGCAUUAUGUUAAAAAAAAACGCAAUGACUGACGUGCUACGUGUUUUAUAUUUCUUAGUAGACCCCCAAUUACUAUAGAAUAUAUUCCAUAAGAAUUAUCCAAAGUCCACUGAUUCUGAAGCGAAAACUGUACCUGUUUUAAUUAAACAUUAUAUUCAAAACAACUUUAACUCAGUUUAGUUGAAUUAUGUUUUGUUCCUAUCCCUCUUCUCAAUGUUUGAACUUGAAAGAACGAGACAAAACAUAUUUGGACUGAAAUAUAACUAAGUAUGAAGAUUUAAAUCUAUCAUGUACCAGGAAUUCAUAAAAGAAGUGUACCCUUUUUACGCAUCAUAGUAUGAGGCCUUCAGGGUCGUAAGUGUAAGUGGGUUUGCUCAACAGUGUACUGUGAAUGAGUCGAGUGCAAUAUAUAGCAUAAUUAUUAUUUUGUUUCCAAUAAAAUUAUUAAAAUCGA